GGAUCGCUCCUAAUCUCAUUCUCAUAAAAAGCUCACGCAUAUAUUGACGCGUUAUCAUUAGUUUUGAAUUUGGAAAUCGUUUUUUUUUUACAAUGUGCUUCGGCCGCGCUGUGAGGUUGUAUAGGUGUUAAAUUAUGUCGGGCACGUGUUGUUUAUGGUUGCUUUUAUGGCUAGAAUAUGACAUUAAUUUAGUGAAGUUUUAUGAAUAGGGUUGUUAUUGAGCAAUCAUUGAGACUUUUUCUUUCGUAUUGUGUGGUCGUGUUUAUUUAUUAUUAAUUUAGUAUUAAUUAAAUAUGGAGUUUCAUUGAUAGUGUGUUCAAGUGAUUAUUAUUAAAGUAUAAAUUUUUUAUAAAACUACAAUUAUCAAAAUGUUUCUAAGAUUUGAACCAACCAAGUCAACAAAAGGCGCUAGUAAGAUGCGACGCGACCUUAUAAAUGCUGAAAUCUCAAACCUGCGGGACCUGCUUCCACUACCUCCUUCAACCAGACAGAGACUGUCACAACUGCAACUAAUGGCCCUAGUGUGCGUCUAUGUGAGGAAGAUGAACUACUUUCAACAAGUGUUCAAGAGUCACGACUUCAGUUAUCAGUACCAAGAGCAACCUACUCCUACACCUAAUAUCGGAUUUUCAAAGGCAAUGAACGGUUUUAUGAUGAUGAUGACACAGAACGGAAAACUAUUAUACAUAUCGGAAAAUGCAGCGGAAUAUUUGGGCCAUUCAAUGGAAGAUCUUUUAAUACACGGUGAUAGCGUAUAUGACAUAAUAGACAGACAAGAUCACCAAAUGGUCCAAAUAGAACUCAACAAAGGGAGCAAUGGAGAGACUGAAAAUGUACCAAAGACUAGGCAUUUCUUCUGUAGGAUGAAUGUUUCGAGAAACGCAAGACGCCAGAUGAGAUUUGGUGACCAAAAAGUAGUUUUAGUUCGAGGCCACUACGUGUCAUACUUACCGUUAUGCAGUCGAAAUGAGCCAGUGUUCCUAGCAUCGUGCACUCCCCUGGCUAUGCCUGAAACUCGUGAAUGUGUGGCCCAUGGUGCUACUAACGUAUUUACAACAAUACACGCAAUGGAUAUGAAAAUACUGCAUAUAGAUACCAACGGCGAAUGGUACCUAGGUUGGAAAAAGUCAGAAUUAGUGGACAUAUCGUGGUAUCAAAUUCUACACUGGGAUAGUUUACGGGAAGCUCAAACCAAACAUAGAUUAAUAACUCAAUCGGAUCAAGAUAAAUGCUGCAUACUGCUAGUGAAGUUGCAGCAACGAAGCGGUCAGUUCCUUUGGAUACACAUGGUGUUGCAAGUGAAAGAUGCUGCUGAUACUCCUCGACAAUUCAUUGUUGCUACUAAUCAGGUUUUGAGUGAAGAAGAAGCAUCGAUAAUGCUGGCUAACUCAUGGCUUUACCAGUAUUAUGGUUACCAGAAUCAGCCUUGCGGAAUGCUAGACCCUCGAUGCCAAAAGUUCUUCCGACGAGAACCAUGCUAUUCAGACCCAUACCAAGAGUACCAAUACGUAGAGAGCACAGAGGUCGAUUACACUGGUUACCAUAUUACACCUUAUAUCCAGAAAACUGAUGAAUAUGGAUGCGAAAGGAUAUACACGGAACGAGGGCCAGUGGACUAUUCCACUCAUUCACCACAGUCUACCAUAAGCGAAGAUAGAUCACCUUUACACUACGACGCUCCAGAUGUUGUCAUAAACAGCAACAUGUACAUGUAUCCCAUGCAUGCAAAAAGGGAAUACUACGAGCAGUAUCCGCAUGUUCAGUAUAACUCACAAGAACCUUGCUCGAGUGGAACCAUUGAAGGUAUCGAAUACCCAGCUGCGAAGAGAAUGCGUGUAGCGCCAGCACCGCUAAGUCUAGAAGGCACCGACGGAAUGGACCGAUGGAAUCCCAGUCCUCCUUGGUCGGAUACUCUCAAAAUGACCGACUACACCCAAAAGUUUACAUACAACAUGAUACCUAUGCCUGCUGAACGGACUAUGGUCACAUAAUAUUUUUAACUAAGGCUAAUCUGUUUUGUAUAUAUUUAUAGUAAUAGAUUAGUUUUAAAUAUAAAGGCUAGAUUGUGCAAUAUAUGAAAUUACUGUGCAAUGUCCAAAUACAACAUAUAUACUAAAUUUAUUCAUAUUAAAUACAUCAAUACGUUACAUCAAUAUCAAACAAAAAAUGAAAUUAUUUAUUUAGUU